CACUUAUUUCUCCUGUUAUAAACAUGCAGAAAGAAGCAACCGUUUCUACUUAUGCAGAUGGAUUAAAAUCAUCAAUGGAUACGUCAAAAUCAUUAUUUAAUACAAGUACAUUUGUUCAAACUUCUAUUUUGAGUUCAGAUAAGUCGUCACCUAUCAAAAAUGAGCGUAAUAAUGAUUUUACAAAGAAUCAAGAUCUUUUUGGUACAUUGAAGAAUAAAAGUGGCGUCAUUGAUGUAAAAGAAAUUAUUGAUCUAGGGGUUCCAGCAAAAAAACAGGCGGUAAAGACUGCCUUUGAUGAAGUUAAUAAGGCCAUCAAAAAUGCUACAACUGCAUGUGAGGAAUUAAUACAGGUACUCCCUCCAGGCAUAAAAUUUGAUGUUGAGUCAACUGACUAUAUUGGUUCGAAUUUAUCUGUUUUGGAAGAGCUCCUUGGGUUGGUUGAAAUUGAGGAAACUUCUCGCGUAUUCAAUUAUCAAAAGUUUUCUAAUUCAGAGACGUCAACAAUGAAUAACAAACUCAUUGAAUCAUGCAGCACUGUAUCAAAAACGCCAGAAAACUCUCAUGUUAGACGAUACAACACAAGAAGCGCCGAUGGAACACGAAAAAUAAGGAUUAUGUAUGAUGAUGCUAAGGCAGGUGAUAAAGGAUUCAAAAAGGAUAAUGGUUUAAGGCAAAAUAAAAAAAGUAGUCCGCAGAAAAUAAAUCAAAAAUUAAAAACAUUCGAGAACGCAUACUCUAAAACAUCAAUGAAGAUGCCGACGAUACCUAAGGGUUCAUUCGGUUAUUUCUUUGAAGAUUAUUAUGCUAAGGUCAAAAUUAGUCAUCCCAGUGAAUCCCUUUCACAAGUUAUGAAAGAUGCUGGUGUAAGAUGGAGAGAAAUGACAGAAAACGACAAACUGGUAUAUAGGGAGCGACAAAAUGCAGCGAGAGAACGUUACAAAAAUGAAAUGCAACAGUAUAAAGAACAAACAAUUAUACCUCAAGAUAAGCCCAAGAAAUCUAACAAAAAAGCAACUGUUGUUGAUUUUUCCGGCCGACCGUUAUUUAAAGAAUUUGACAGUUCAUCAAGUGAAGAAACUCCUUACAUGAAUGUUAAGCCAGAUAAAAAAAUUAAUAAGAGAGCUGUAGUUGAUACAUAUGGUAGUUCUUUUCUUUCUACUCCUAAAAAAAAAGUCGGUAAAGAGGAGCAAAUUGCUUUAUGCCAUGGACAACGAAUGAUCUCUCAGUUAAAGAAUGUUAAGAAAUCGGAUUCCACUGAACUAAAUCUUGCGGAAGAAUCAGAAGAACGCAUUCAGUUUAGUUGGAAAGAACUUAAAUCAUUGGUAGAAGAUAACUUAUUACGAGAAAAUUUUGAAAAACCAGCAAAUUGGAAGGACCAAGCUUCAAGUAAUAUAGCUAGCAUUAAGGAUAUAAUCAAGAACGAAAAAACUAAGGCGCAUGAACGUCUUAUUGCUAAAUUAAGUGAAGUGGAUGUUAAGAAUUAUCUUCAAAUCCCAAAUGAUGAUUACGCUGUACUUGCUAGUAAAAGAGCUGGAAUACGAAACUUGAGAAAAGAUCCACUUAUAAAAAACAUAUGCGCCGAAUUUGUUAAAAAAAGAGAUGAAACAAGUCACUCUUAUAAACUUGUACUUUCGCAAUCUGAAAAGGUGGUACAUGAUAGGUGGGUUGAGGAGAAUUAUGGUCGAGAACGUAUAGUCAGGAACGUUGCUGAUGUCCUUUUACAAGAGAUGAAGACUAAUGCACUUCAUAAAGUUCUUAGAGGUUCUGAAGGCUCCAAGGUAGAAAUUGUAUCUCAAUUAGUAGAUGCCGUUAUGUGGCAUUUACCUCUUGAAUAUGAUGUUGAAGUAACGAGAGGUGAACGGCAAAGUGUUGCCAGUAAAGACCGAAAAUUGCAACAGAAUAAUAAUGCAAGGGGAGACAGACCGGAUCUCAUGAUUCAAGCUUUUCUUCGUCAAAAAUGGGACGAAAUUGCAUACGUUGAGAGUGGCAAAUGGAAGACUACUAAUAAAAAAAUCUUUACGUCAAAAUUUUAUAGGAUUUGGGCUAAAAUCCCUCUAAAUGUGGAAACGGUUGAUGAGGUUGAGGAUUUUGUUCAUGCUCUAUUAAUCCUGAGGUUAUAUAAAUUAAUAUCAAACAUGCAAGAUCAAAGGGACAAGCCUAAGGACCUAUCUGAAUUAGAUUUAUUGAGACAACGAAUCAUUGAUCUUGAGACUGAAAAUGCUGAAAUUCCCGAACUUAGAAAUAAAUUGCUAAAGUUUGCCGAAGUUGAAACUGAAAACAAGAGGCUGAGACAGAUUGUUGAAGAGAAUUCUAGACGUGAUGCGGAGUUUAAGAGCCGAAUUGAGGAGUUGGAAAAAAGUAGAACAGAUACUGCUUCAGAGAAUGCUGAGCUUAAAACUGAAGUAGCAAAAUUAAGACAUGAUUUCGAGGAAAUAAAAUCAAAGGGAAUAAUCAUCGAUUCUCC